AUGAAGGUUCCCAGCCACCGGUGUCGCUGGGCCACCCUGCCCAGCCCCAACGCGCGUGAGGCGGCCUCCAUGUACGGCACGGCAGUGGCCAUCUUCCUGGUCAUCCUGGUGGCUGCGCUGCAGGGCUCAGCACCCGCCGAGAGCCCCUUCCCCUACCGAGUGCCCUUGGACCCCGAGGGGACCCUGGAGCUCUCAUGGAACGUCAGCUACAGGCAAGAGGUCAUCCACUUCCAGCUCCUGGCCCGGGCGCUCAGGGCCGGGCUCCUGUUCGGGAUGUCGGACCGCGGCCAGCUGGAGAACGCAGACCUUGUUGUGCUCUGGACCAAUGGCAACAGUGCCUAUUUUGCGGAUGCCUGGAGUGACCAGAAGGGGAAGGUCCAUCUGGAUGCCCAGCAGGACUACCAGCUGUUGCAGGCACAGAGAACCCCAGAGGGCCUGUCUCUGCUCUUCAAGAGGCCCUUUGCCACCUGUGACCCCAAGGACUACCUCAUCGAGGACGACACUGUCCACUUGGUGUACGGGAUCUUGGAGGAGCCGUUCCAGUCGCUAGAGGCCAUCAACACCUCAGGCCUGCAGACGGGGCUGCAGAGGGUGCAGCUUCUGAAGCCGGAGCUCCCCAUCCCGAACCUGCCCUCAGACAUGCCCACCAUGGAGAUUCGCGUUCCCAACGUCCUGAUCCCUGACAACGAGACCACGUACUGGUGCUACAUGAAAGAGCUCCAGGAGAACUUUCCCUCACACCACAUUGUCAAGUACGAGGCCAUCAUCACCAAGGGCAAUGAGGCCCUCGUGCACCACAUGGAGGUCUUCCAGUGCACAGACGAGGUCCACAGCUUCCCGAGCUACAGCGGGCCCUGCGACUCCAAGAUGAAGCCUGACCGCCUCAACUACUGCCGCCACGUGCUGGCCGCCUGGGCCCUGGGGGCCAAGCCAUUUUACUACCCAGAGGAAGCUGGUGUCCCUUUUGGGGGCCCCGGGUCCUCCAGAUUUCUCCGCCUGGAAGUUCACUACCACAACCCACGGAAGAUGCAAGGCCUGCGGGACUCCUCCGGCAUCCGCCUGUACUACACAACCAGGCUGCGGCGCUUUGACGCGGGCAUCAUGGAGCUGGGGCUGGUGUACACGCCCGUGAUGGCUAUCCCCCCGCGGGAGCGUGCCUUCGUCCUCACUGGCUACUGCACGGACAAGUGCACCCAGGUGGCGCUGUCCCCUCCUGGGAUCCACAUCUUUGCCUCUCAGCUCCACACACACCUGACAGGGAGGAAGGUGGUCACUGUACUGGCCCGGGACGGCCGGGAGAGGGAGAUUGUGAACAGGGACAAUCAUUAUAGCCCUCACUUCCAGGAGAUCCGCAUGCUGAGGAAGACUGUGUUUGUAAAGCCGGGAGACGUGCUCAUCACUAAUUGCACGUACAACACGGAAGAACGGCAGCAGGCCACUGUGGGCGGCUUAGGGAUCCAAGAGGAGAUGUGUGUCAACUACGUGCACUACUAUCCCCGGACAGAGCUGGAGCUCUGCAAGAGUGCGGUGGACGCCGGCUUCCUGCAGAAGUACUUCCACAUGGUAGACAGGUUCAACGACAGGGAGGUCUGCACCAGCCCUCAGGCGUCCGUCCCACCACAGUUCGCCUCCGUCCCAGAGCAGUUCGCCUCUGUCCCCUGGAACUCCUUCAGUAGCAACGUGCUUGCGGCCCUGUAUGGCUACGCCCCCAUCUCCAUGCACUGCAACAAGUCCUCAGCCGUCCGCUUUCAGGGGAAUUGGGACCUGCAGCCCCUGCCCAAGGUCAUCUCCACGCUGGAAGAGCCCACUCCGAAGUGCCCCACAGGCCAGAGCCCUGCCGGCCCCACUGUGGUCAGCAUUACUGGGGGCAAGAGUUGAGCAGGGCCUGCUCCUGUCCCCCCAGCCCGUGCCAUUCCUGUGGCUCAUACCAGCUCUGUGCAUCCUGGCUCUGUGAACCCCAUGGAAUAGCUCUGUGUGCCCAGGAUGAGGGGGCAACUGAGCACUGCCCCCAGGCC